AUGGAGACCACCACGUACACACGUAGCAAGACCACAGACUUCUUCUAUAAAAUGAACUUCGCAAUCUAUAUAUUUGGUCUGCCUAAUUUCUGGGUAGAGGAUCUAAAAUUAUCCAAAAGAUUUGUCAAAAUCUACGACAAGAUUUCCCUUUUUAACAAUUUGCUGGUAUAUCUGCUUCUGGUGAUGGAAUUUGGUGCAUUCUUCACGCAACAUAAUUUAACGGACAAGCAGAAAUUUAACUUGAUGGUUUUUGCGAUAUCCCAUCCAUUGCUGUGCUCAUUUUGCGUGAUGGUGUCGAAGCUCAAGAAGAAGGUGAGGCUGGUGAUGUACAGCCAGGCGGUGGCAUUGAAGAGGGACUACAAUGACCCUGAAGUGGAGAAGCAGAUGAUUGCGCGAUCCCUCACCUACGUGCUCGCUUUCAUGACCAGCUGUACCAUAACGAUGAUCAUGUUUGCCAUCGAAACUAUUUGGGACGUCUUACGACAUGGUGCGACGUUUACCACUUUAAUAACUGCAUACCCAGAUGUUCAGGACAGAUCUAUCUUAGCUGACGUGGUCAGAGUACUGGCCUUCGUAACCUGGUGGAUCUUCUUGACCAAAAUGGUUGCGGUUUACAUGCUCGUUAUCCCCUUGACUAUAAGCCUCCGCUAUCAGUUCAAAAAUCUGCAGAGUUACUUCCUCAGCCUUCCUGAAUUAUUUGAGAGUGAUUUGAGCCAGAAGGAGAAAGAAGAGAAAUAUGAGGCAGGUUUAAAACUUGGGAUUAAACUCCAUUCGGAAACGUUGAGUUGUGCUGAGGAUACACAAGAUGUGUGUCGAGGAGUCUUCAGCGGACAGAUCAUCUUCAACAUCUUGCUGCUGAUUGUUUUAAUGGCGCAGAUGGUCACUUCGGAGCGCACGUUUGUGAACAUGUUCGGCACGGUGGCGACUGCGUGCACCGUCAUCACCAGUACUGGCUUCUUCAUGUGGAACGCCGGGGACGUCACUGUAGAGGCUUCGUUUCUACCGACGGCAGUUUACUUUUCCGGAUGGCAGCACUGCCAGCGAGAGUCUUCUACGCGUGUGCGACGAUUAGUUGUUACGUGCAUGUCGCAUGCCCAGCAACCUGUGAUCUUCAAGGGUCUUGGAUACAUAGAACUUUCAUAUCAAUCCUUUAUUACGAUCGUAAAGUCAUCAUACUCCGUAUUUUCUGUGAUGUAUUAA